AAAUUUUGCAUCAUAAUUUCCAACACCUUAGCAAACUGAAACCAAAACCAGUUCCAAAUUUCAGUAACUGAACUGAUUAACAUGGAGACAAGCAUGGCCUGCUGUGCUCGUGGGGCUUUGUUGCCCGGUAUUUCUUCUCAGCACUCGAAAGCUCUUGCUUCUUCACCUUCCUUUAGCUCCAAGAGUCUAAAAUCAAGCUCGCUAUUUGGGGAAUCAUUGCGGUUGGUGCCACGAUCAUCAUUUAAGGUUUUAAAGGCAAAGAACUCCUCUGUCUUGACCAAAUGCGAGAUUGGUGACAGUCUGGAAGAGUUCCUGACAAAGGCAACCACAGACAAGGGACUUGCAAGAUUGAUGACGUGUAUGGGAGAGGCAUUAAGAACUAUUGCGUUCAAGGUCAGGACAGCAUCUUGUGGAGGCACAGCAUGUGUCAAUUCCUUCGGGGACGAGCAGCUUGCUGUUGAUAUGCUUGCCGACAAGCUUCUUUUUGAGGCCUUGACUUACUCUCACUACUGCAAAUUUGCUUGCUCUGAAGAAGUUCCUGAACUGCAAGACAUGGGAGGCCCAACUGAAGGAGGAUUUAGUGUUGCUUUUGAUCCACUUGAUGGAUCCAGUAUUGUCGACACAAAUUUCUCUGUGGGUACCAUUUUUGGAGUGUGGCCAGGAGAUAAACUAACUGGAGUAACAGGAAAUGAUCAAGUUGCAUCAGGCAUGGGAGUUUAUGGUCCAAGAACAACUUAUGUUCUUGCUCUUAAAGACUACCCUGGCACUCAUGAGUUCCUUCUUCUCGAUGAAGGAAAAUGGCAACAUGUUAAGGAGACAACAGAAGUUGGUGAAGGAAAAUUGUUCUCCCCAGGAAAUUUGAGAGCCACAUUUGACAAUCCUGAAUAUGAGAAGUUGAUCAACUACUAUGUGAAAGAGAAGUACACUUUGAGAUACACAGGAGGAAUGGUGCCUGAUGUUAACCAGAUCAUUGUGAAAGAAAAGGGUAUAUUCACCAAUGUGAUAUCACCAACCUCAAAAGCAAAGCUGAGAUUAUUAUUUGAGGUAGCUCCUUUGGGAUUUCUGAUUGAGAAAGCUGGAGGGUACAGUAGUGAUGGGCUACAGUCUGUGCUAGACAGAGAGAUUAUUAAUCUCGACGACAGAACUCAAGUCGCUUACGGAUCGAAAAACGAGAUUAUUCGAUUCGAAGAAACUCUAUAUGGGAAAUCAAGACUCAAGGCUGGAGGUGUUCCAGUUGGAGCUACUGCUUAAGUGACAAUACUUUCUUAAGAUAAUUGAAUUUGUCUUGAAAUGAUCAUUUUUUGUUUUAUAAUUUAAGUGUUAUUGAAGUAUAAAUAGAUUGGAUUCACAUUUUAAGGUAUGUUGAUCUCAAGAUUUUUGAGAA